AUUAGACUAAUUGAUUAUAAUACAUCUUCAUAUAUAUAUUUUUUUCUAUAUAAACAGCUCAAGUAGUGAUGAAAUGUAAUUAAUUCAAAGCUUUGGUUUAGUUAUUUUGUUUCUCUAUGGCUCCCUUACCCUUUCUUUCUCUCAAGCCUAACACUAUAUUGGCUUUUUUGGGAUUCAUACUCUCAAAUCUGGCCCUUCUUUCAGACGCACAAUCAAUAGGCGUUUGUUAUGGAAUGUUAGGCAACAAUCUACCGCAGGCAUCAGAAGUUGUAGCUCUUUACAGAUCAAACAACAUUGGAAGAAUGAGAAUCUAUGAUCCGAACCAGGCUGCAUUAAAUGCGCUCAGAGGCUCAAACAUCGAGCUUAUGCUCGGUGUUCCAAACUCAGAUCUUCAAAGCCUAGCAAACCCUUCAAAUGCAGCCUCAUGGGUACAAAGAAAUGUGCUCAAUUUUUGGCCAAAUGUAAGAUUUAGGUACAUUGCAGUUGGGAAUGAAGUGAAUCCAGUGAAUGGAGACACAGUUAGAUUCUCACAAUAUGUUCUGCCAGCUCUAGUUAACAUAUUCAAUGCAAUUAGAUCAGCUGGUCUUGAAAACCAAAUCAAAGUAUCCACAGCCAUUGAUAUGACUUUGAUAGGAAACUCAUUUCCACCAUCAGCAGGGGCUUUUAGAAGUGAUGUUAGAUCAUAUAUUGACCCAAUUAUUGGGCAUUUAGUUUGGGCAAAAACACCUAUACUUGCUAAUAUCUAUCCUUAUUUUGCAUACUCUGGAAACCCAAGAGAUAUUUCUCUUUCUUAUGCUUUAUUCACUUCACCAUCUGUUGUUAUAUGGGACAAAGGACUUGGUUACCAAAACUUGUUUGAUGCUAUGUUGGAUUCUUUUUACUCUGCUCUUGAAGGGGCUUGGGGAGGUUCUCUAGAUGUGGUUGUGUCCGAGAGUGGUUGGCCAUCCGCCGGUGCAUUCGGGACUAGUUUCGACAAUGCAAAGACUUACCUUUCUAAUCUUAUAAGACAUGUUAAGGGAGGUACUCCUAAGAGGCCUAAUAGACCUAUUGAGACUUACUUGUUUGCUAUGUUUAAUGAGAAUCUUAAGGAGCCUGAAUUGGAGAAGAAUUUUGGCUUGUUUUUUCCUGAUAAGAGGUCAAAAUACAAUCUCAAUUUUGGUGGAAGAAGAAUUUGGGAUAGUGUUUUAGAUGAUGAAUUCAAUUCUACUUCAAUCCCUCUAGCAACUGAUAUGUAAGCAUAUAUCUAUUCUAUAUAAAGUGUGUCUAUAUAACUGAAAUUCUUGGUUUUUGAAAAAUUUAUGGGUAAAUUUUAA